AAAAACUAGCUCAAAAACUUUAAAUAAACCCAUCCAAAUAAGUUCUAAAAGGAAUGUUUACACAGGGUAUUUUGGAGAACUAAAUACUGUAGGCAUUGUGAUAUAGAUAAAUUUUCAGUUUCAGGAUUAAAACAAACGUACCGUAUUUCAUUGCACUCUUUCGUCUCCUCUUCUGCUGUGUGUUGAGGCGUACGAAGCACGCAACAAUGGCACCCAGAGGAAGACCCAGAAAGCGAUUAAGCCGAAUGGACGCAGCAACAGAUGCCAUGACAACUUUCGGUUUUGACGAACGGCUCAUUCAGAAAACAGUAAAACAACUACUGAAGGAAUACGGCGGAGAUGAUGGAUGGGUCUUUAUCGAGGAAUAUGGCUACAAAGAACUCAUUGAAGCUAUUCUUCGUGAUCAAGAGAGCAAUGAUGAAGACAUUACGAAACAAAAGGGUGUCUCCUCACAAGCUGAACGAGCAGAAGACCCUGUUUUACAAAGCAUCCUUGGUCCCUCAGGCACUCUCGUUGAUUCCACAUACAACAAAGCUGGUAAUACUGUUGGAGAAACAUCAUGCUCUGAGCUUGUCAAUGCAGUAGCACCAAUAUAUGUAGAGCUUUGGGGAAACAAACAAGACAUUUGCAGUACUGAAGUAUUUUGUCCCCCACCAGUUGAAGGAGAUGGAAAUAUCCGGAAAGACGUAGUGGAAGGCCAAAUCUCUACCCAGAAGGAGUUGGGUAAUGCAGUUUGCCGUGAUGGUGGGAAUUCCAAGAAUCAAAUGCAGUCCGGGAGUAACUCUCAUGUUUUUGCUUCACCUCCAACUUCUUCCCCCUGCCCAGUUAAUUAUCUGAAUUUGUGUUCUGGGAGUCAUGUGCAAUCAGGAAAUAACUGUCAUGUUUCUACUCCACCUCCAACUGCUUCACUAUGGCCAGUUAAUCAUCUUGCCCCUCCUCUUGAUCAUCACCCUACAGCUCUUCCUUCCUCAAAGGGUGUUUCCUCACAAGAUGAAAGAGCAGAAGAUCCUGCUUUAUUAAGUACCUCGUGUCCUUCAGGAACUCUUGUUGAUGCAGUAGAACCUACACACGAAGAACUUUGUAGUAACAAACAAGACAUUGACAGUACUGAAGUAUUAUGUCUCCCACCAGCUGAAGGAGAUGAACAGAGGUGUAAAGACAUAUGGGAGGACCAAACCUCUAUCCAGAAGGGAACGGCUAAUGUUUUUUGCAGUGGUGGUGGAAAUUCUGGGAGUCAAGUGCUGCAAGAAGGCUGUACUACUAUACUUCCAUCUUCUUCCCCAUGCCCAGUUAAUAGUGUGCCUGCCCCUGCUGAUCAUUUCCCAACAACUCUUCCUUCCUCAAAGCGAGUUUGCCUUCAGCCACCAAGAAGGCACUUUCCUUGUUAUGGCUGGAUUGAAAGUGAUAAUGAAGAGGAUGCUGACGACUUCUUACAAUUACCACCAAUGAAAUGCGUAGAGUUUAGUAAAUGAAUAGUUGGGUUGUAGGGGCUUAUUUGCUGCUUGUAUCAAGCCAAAAGACUUUUCAAUCACCAUGCUUGCUGCUUCUUCCAUUUAGUUUCUCUUUUUGGUUAUCAAAAGUAUAGACCGUACGUGAACCUUAAGGAAGUUAUAUGCUGUCUAUGAACUUACACCAUAGAUGCCAAAAUUGUUCAUUUUUCCUUAUGCAACAUCUCUAGAACCUAUCCAAUUUGUAUGACAGAAAAUUCUUGGCAGGGAAACCAACUGAAUUCAAUUCGAGAUUGGUUUUGCAAUUUACUGCGCUUGCACAAUUUGGUUUUAUUUUUCGGAAAAAAAGGUUAAAAAUUCCCUCAUUGUAGUAGAAAUUUGUUUUAAAAUGUCCCUCCACCUAUUGGAUUAUUUUUGUCUCUCUA